AUGGACAUGAUCGAUUCAAGACAACAUACACCGUUCGCAUUUGGUGGAAGCACAAAACCUAUAUCUGAAUUAAUGUUCAACAAAUAUGAUUCGGAUAAAAAUGGUUCGAUUUCGCGAGAUGAACUUCGUUCACUUUGCUAUGAUAUGGGCUAUUACUUAUCUGAUGAGGAACUUCAAUGGGCUUUGACGUUAAUUGAUAAGGAUGGAAAUGGUAAAAUUGAUUAUAAAGAAUUCACUGAGUGGUGGCGAACAUCAUCUCGCUUCGAACAUCUUCGCAUUAAUCAUUAUCAAAGUCAACUGAUCUGCCACAUUGCGGAAAUCUUUCGUUCGUAUGACAAACAUAAUCAUGGUGUUUUGAAUAAGAAAGAAUUUGAUAAAAUGAAAAAGGAUCUAAUUCGUCAUCGCAUCAUUGACGAACGUGAACAUCAAGCUUGUCAAUUCGAAGAAAUCGACCGUGGACAUGAUGGAAGUAUUAAUUUCAACGAACUCAUCGCUUGGUUCAAAGAUGUCGGCGUUUUGGAUCAAAUUGGAAUUGCUAGUUAA